AAUUAAUCGUACUCUUGAAAUCGCAGAUGUAAUAAGACUUACCAAUCGAAUCAGUGCUUGAUACUCUGGAUUAUGGCGACAAAGUCAAGUGCAUCUCGGGAUUGGUUGCCACCUUAGACUCAAUUAAAUCAAAUUAGGUACACAAAACUUAUUUGAUCAAGAAGAUCAAGGAGGUAAGAAUCUCUUCGCAAUACCUCUCUAGCUUCGUCUUGUUUCUAAGAUCAUCAAUGAUUUGCUCUGCCAAGAGGAACUCAUUCAUAGUCCAAAGAGACAACAGAGCAAGAUCAAGAGGAGUCGAAUCAUCUUUGACCAACAAGUUGAUCUCAUGCUCUUGAAGGGCUCCAUUGCCAAAUUGGAACAAUCCCUCAAAGAUGGUUUUAAGUUACAUCAGGAAAUCCACCCCAAAUUUCAAUAGAUAUAACCCUAAAACCAAGAGAAUAAGGAUGAUGAUCAAUUUGAGCAUUUAGACAUCAUGAGACUGGUGCAGAUCUACCAAAGUGAGAUGGAAUAUGUCAAUGAGUAUUUCAAUAGGAUAGAAAACAACCCCAAUAAUUCAAAUAGUCACUCCUUGGAUAUACUUAAUCAAUCAUAUUAGGAAAUGCUGCUCGAUGACAAUAUCAUCAUCAUCACACAAUAUGUAAUAAUGUCAAAAGUUCUAUGUAGUUCAAAAAUUUGAAUGAGAUGAUCCAGAAUCUUGAAAAUUUGAAAUAAAAACUCAUUUAAUAUGAGGAAUUCGAGUCACAAUCCACUAAUUUUGAAAACUCCAGGAAUUCAUCAACUAAUGAAAGUGAGUCCCUUUUUCUAUAUCAUUUAUAGAACAUUUUGGUAGAAACAAAUCACAGACCUAUGAAUUAUGCGAACAACAGAGGAUCAACGUUUUGAAAGAAAUAACAAAUGAAAUCAAAGAGAAAUCUUCUGAAACAUGUAUAAAUUGUAGUAUAUUUUGAAUUAAUUUAUUGUAUAUAUUAUAUUUUGCCG